GCUGCUUUGAAUAUUGUACCAUUUUUAUCCGUGAAUACCGAAUAGUGUAUAAAAGCCUGGGGCUUCUAAACCAUUGUUAUCACAAUUCACUUACCUCUUCAUUUGUAAGGAAGACCAAUAACCGAAAAUAAACAAAAUGUUCAAAUUGUUCGCUGUCUGCUUCUUGGCUCUCUUCGCUGUUGCCUUCGGUUCUGCUAAGCCCGGUCUCUUGGCUGCUCCAUUGGCUGCUGCACCCAUUGCGCACGCUUAUGCCGCUCCAGUCGCCGCUGCUUACUCCGCUCCCCUUGCCUACACCGCUGGAUAUGCUGGUUACGUCGCACCCUACGCCAGCAGCUACAAUGCUCACUCGAUCGCCCACUCCGCUGCUUUCCCAGCUGCCUAUGCUGCUCCAGUAGUUGCUGCCCCAGCUGUCGCUGUCCUCAAGAAGUAGAAAAUGAACACGUCUACCGAACUUCUGACAAAAUAAAACUAACGAUACUUUGAAAUUUUA